UUACUUCCGGGUUGCAGGUCACAAAGAAGAGGGACGCAAACACGCCCAGGACGCGGAGCAAAGCGGAUUAAAGUGCCGCGGAGAUGGCAGGGGAGGAUGUGGAUGAGAUGCCUGAAUCCGGAGCAGUUUUCACAUUUGGGAAGAGUAAAUUUGCUGACAACAUUCCCAGUAAAUUUUGGCUUAAAAAUGAUACCCCGCGAACAAUAGCCUGUGGGGAUGAACACAGCGCAUUAAUAACAGAAAAUGGGAAACUCUUUAUGUUUGGCAGCAACAACUGGGGCCAGCUCGGCCUCGGGUCAAAAGUCACCGUGAACAAGCCCACUUGUGUCAGAGCCCUGAAGAUGCAGAAUGUACAGCUCGUGGCCUGUGGAAGAAACCAUACACUCAUUUAUACAGCUCAGGGCAAUGUGUACGCCACCGGGGGCAACAGCGAGGGUCAACUGGGCCUCGGCGACUGCGAUGAGAGGACUUCCUUCCAGAGACUGGAGUUCUUUGACUCCUGCGGGCCAAUCAGAAUGCUUGCUGCUGGUUCAAACACGUCAGCUGCCCUCACUGAAAACGGUGAGCUGUUCAUGUGGGGGGACAACUCCGAGGGUCAAGUCGGCUUGGGGAAGGAGAGCCACGUCUGCUCGCCACAGGAGGUCAGCGCAGGACAGCCCAUCGCCUGGGUGUCCUGCGGGUACUACCACUCUGCCUAUGUUACAGCGGACGGAGCUCUGUACACAUUCGGAGAGCGUGACUGUGGUAAGCUGGGUUUGGGAACAGACCAGCUGGCUCGUCAUCGAGUCCCUCAGCUGGUGAAGAGCAUGCCUGAGCCGGUCACCCAGGUGGCCUGUGGUGGCGGGCACACUCUGGCCAUUACAGAGAAUGGUGUUUACGCCUUCGGCCUGGGUCAGUUCGGUCAGUUGGGACACGGGACGUUCAUAUUUGAGUCUCGGCUGCCGCGCCAGAUAGAGCACUUCAAGAAGGGUCGAGUUCGGCAAGUGGCAUGCGGCGAGAACCACUCAGCCGUCGUCACAGACAGUGGUCUGCUUUACACUUUUGGUGACGGCAGACACGGCAAACUUGGUCUGGGCGAAGAAAACUUCACCAACCAGUUCAAGCCGACUCUGUGUCCACGCUUCAUCAAGUGUAACGUCCAGGAAGUAGUUUGCGGCGGUUGUCACAUGGUCGUGCUGGCGCGACCCAGGGACGCGAGCAGCGGUGCAGUGUUGCUGGAAGACAACGACGUGUCUGAAGAGUACCUGGAGAGGCCAUAUGUUGAGCUGCUGGGGGACAUGGGCGACACCUCCAACCCGGCCCGUGUUCGCCGUAGAGAGAGGGAACAGUCACCGGAGCAGUUUGGCAACAUAUCCUGUACAUUACCCACCAUGACAUCAGGCUAUCUCCAGCCACCACUUCCUGUUUCCAGCAACAACACGAACCUGCCCAGCCAAUCUUCAUCAGAGCUGGCUCACAGAAAGGUGCACCAAAGCAUUCGUCGGCAUGGCAACAAGGAACCGUCUAAGGGCCAGGUUGAUGACGUGGUGGAGAGUCUGAGUGACACAGACAGCGUGAAAGGUUUGGGAGAAACCACAGAUUUCCUCAACAUGACACAUAUAAUGAAGAUAGACCCUGGUGAUAAAACGUUCACACUUUCUCCAGUUCACAAGAAGAAGGGUAAACAUGGUAAGACCUUAACAAGAAUGAAAGAGAAACCAUUUAAAGAGAGAAAACUCUCAAAGCGACCUGGUUUCCCUUCAACGUCCCUAUCGCAUAACUGUGAGGUUCUGGCUGCUCACAAAGCAGCACCCACCAAACUCAUGAGCUCCAGUAUUCGCUCUCAGAAGAUGACCAAGCAGAACAAGGAGAAUCGCAUCACAGGGUCGAAGGAGCCUCGGGAGGGUUCAAGAGACUUAAAGAAAGUGACAGCCAGACGGCAACUUCAGCCAUCGGCCUCCAGAUGUCAGAAGAUAGAUGCUGGCAAGAAACUGGAAUUGGACCAUAAAACAUGUUCAAAACUGGGUACAGGAAAACCUACGCUAGUCACAAAGCGCUCGUCAGACUUCAGUUUAAGUGAUGCCUUUGAAAUGAGCCCAGAACAGCACCAUAAGGGGAAAUCCAAGGCUGAGAAAAUCUGCUCCAAAGAUCCUAAAACAUCAAAAAAUAAGAGAAACAAAAAAGACCAAAAGUCAGAAAAUGAAGAAGAAGCGCCAUCUUUGCACCUGCUUGCUGGAGCUGCUUCCUUGCUCCAGGAGGUGGCGGCCUUCAGCUUGCCCACGCCAUCUGACAGCAGCCACCAUGACACCGGGGACAGAGCGACUCCAUCGAACAGCGAGCAAUCUGCACUAAGUAUCGGCAGCAGCCCUUCAAUCAAAAGAGGAAGACAAAGCAUUAACGACUCAGUUACACAGAACAAGGAGGAGGAUGACCAGGAUGGACAGACAAGCACAGAAACCGGGGAGGAAGAGGAAGAGCAGGUAGGGAAGGUAAGAAGUGCAAGUGAGGAAGAGGAGGAGGCAACUCAGACCUCUGAAAAUGUCAUCGAAGAAGAGGGCAGUGACACUGUUGAGGCAGAAAACAAGACAGGAACUGAUGAUGAAGAAGAAGGUCAAAGUGCUCAGGAGGAGGAAGAGGAGGAGGAGGAAGAAGGUGAGAAAACUCAGACCGCUCAAAGGGCAAGUCAGAAUGAAGAGAAAGAGAGCAAAGUUGACGAAGAGACAGAGGAAGGGGAGGACGAGUCAGGUCAUGAAUCAGAAGGUGAUGAAGAAAAGGAGGAUGGUGGAAGUGGGGAUGAAGAGGAGGGCGAGGAACAGGAUUCUGUGUCUUCGAAGGGAAGUGAUGAUAAUGUGCAUGAGGAAGGUGAAGAGGGGGAAAGUAGUGAGGAAUUAGAAAGCGACAUGGAAGAUGAGGAAGAGGAGGAGGAGACAGAAAAAGAGGAAGAGGAGGAGGAGGAGGAGGAGGAAGAACAGGAGGAAGAUGAAGAAGAAAGUGGAGAAGCGGAGGAUGAGAGUGAUGAGGAAGAGAGUGAGGAAGAGGAAGAAAAAGAGGAUGAAGAGGAAGAACUGAACGAAGGCGAGGAGGAGGAAGAAGAAAGUGACAAGGAGGAGCUAGAAAGUGAAGAGGAGGAUGAAGAAGAGAGUGAAGAAGAGGAGCAAGAAAGUGAAGAGGAGGAAGAAGAAGAAGAAGAGGUUCAAAAGAAAAAAAGUGCCAAAACUCAGAGAAAACCCAGGUCAGGAGUCAAAGGCCAUGGAGCUGGAGAGUCUGAAGAGUUCUGGGAUGAUGUUCUACCUCAGUACCUCAACCUGAAAUAACCACAUGUACUACUUUGGUUGGACUGUAUAUGAUUUUGAAUCUGCAUUUUU